CCCGACAUUUCGACCUGUUGUCGAAGAGCAGAAAUCGGUAUGAAGAACGUGAAGCAGCGGAGUUUUAAUUCCAUUUGAGGAAGCAGGCGACUUACAGAUGACUUGCUUUUCGUGUCGACGACCACCAUCUUCCCCGCAUUUUUCGCCUUUUCUUGUUUAAGACAGAAUGUGGAGGCCUGCUACUCGCCAGAUAACUGGUACUAAUGAAGUUCCACUCGGACAGCGGCGGCGUUUUGGACCAGCUCCAUCCGAAGAAGCCGCUCCUCCCCAGCUCGCUCAACCUUCACCUUCAGCUUACCCUCGACCAUAUCAAGACCAUGAUAGUCCUGGAAAACGCGGCAGGGAUGAAGCCCCAGCAGGCGAUCCACGAGUCGACCCGAAUGCCCCUCGCAAGCGGCGAAGUCGUUGGGGUGAAGUCAAGACAGAAAUCCCCGGUCUCCCAACUGCCAUCUCUGCUGCUGGCGUAUCUCAGGCUCAGCUCGACAACUAUGCUAUCCACCUUAGGCUCGAAGAAAUUAACAGAAAACUACGACUAAACGACUUCAUUCCACCUGAACGCGAGAGAUCCCCAUCCCCUCCUCCUACAUAUGACGCUCAUGGUCGUAGGACCAAUACACGCGAAGUACGCUACCGUAAAAAGCUCGAAGACGAGCGUAUCAAACUCGUCGAUCGCGCCAUGAAAAAUGAUCCUAACUUCCGCCCUCCUGUUGAAUACCAACAACAAAAGCGCUCACAGCGUCCGUCGGACAAGGUCUAUAUCCCCGUCAAAGAAUUUCCUGAAAUUAACUUCUUUGGCCUACUCGUCGGCCCUCGUGGUAACAGUUUGAAGAAGAUGGAGAGAGAGAGUGGGGCGAAGAUUAGUAUCCGUGGAAAGGGUAGCGUUAAGGAAGGGAAAGCACGUCCUGACCAGUAUGCAGACGAUGCUGAAGAGGACCUUCACUGCCUCAUCCUUGGAGAUAGUGAAGAAAAGGUGGCGGCCUGUGUAAAAAUGAUCAAUAAGGUCAUUGAGACAGCCGCUUCCACACCUGAAGGUCAGAACGACCACAAGCGUAACCAACUUCGCGAGCUUGCGGCGCUCAACGGUACCCUCCGUGAUGACGAGAACCAAGUUUGCCAGAACUGUGGUGGCGUCGGUCAUCGGAAAUACGACUGCCCUGAGCAGCGGAAUUUCACUGCUAACAUUAUCUGCCGUGUUUGUGGGAGUGCUGGCCACAUGGCUCGCGAUUGCACCGUCAACAAAGAUCCCAAUGCACCGAUGAUGCACACCCCUCCUCCUCCACCGAACAUGAACAGUCGUGGCUUUGAUUCUGAAUAUGCCAGCUUGAUGGCCGAGCUGGGAGAAAGCACAGGCGGUUCUGGCGUGGACCUUUCGAAACCUUCCUGGGCUGCACCUAGUGCAGGUCACGAUAUCACUGGAGGGGGAACGAAUAUUCCACCUUGGCGUCGUCCGGAAGCUUGGGUAACCAACAUACCACAGAACCAGUCGCAGGGUGGUUUCCCGGGUGCUACGGGAUACGGUGGUGGAUACGGUGGGGCAUCUGCCGGGUAUGGGAGCCAGUGGCAGGGCUAUGGACAGGCUUCAGGAUAUCCUCAACAAUCUCAAGAUUAUUCGUCGAACUACGCCUCCUACUAUCAAGGCCAAUAUAGUCAACCAACCAGCUAAUCGAAAACUUCUGAUCUUAUUCCUCAUUUUCUGACAAACGGCAGCACUAAACAUCAAUUCUUCUCACCUUCUUAGCUCAGCUUUUCACAGUCGAAGAGGUCAUUCGGCCUAUUCAUUUUACAUUCGGAUUUCAUUCCCUCUUUAUCCACAGAGCGCUGUACGUGGGAAUUGUUUGUAGGUAUACUUUGUCCGACAUGGUUGAUGGGAGCGUGGACACGGCGUCCCUACUAACGGAGACCUUUUCAAGCUGCGAGGUUUCAGGUGUUUUACUUCUUUGAACUGUAACCCAAUGAUAUGUUUUUUUUUUUGCGAAAU